AUGUCUCAAUCACUAAGAGAAGGACAGCAUAACCAUUCUGACGCUUUCAACUGCGAAAAACCAAGAAGGAUCCAGGAAGAUCCGCCAAAGGAGACGAUUCUCAUAGCGGUGCUCAUCGCUCUACUGAUUGGGAUCUUUAUGCUCAUUGCAGCUUUAUUUGGCUUGCUUACUCUCAGAAGGACACAGUCGCGUCGAUCUCAUCUCCAAAAAUCACCGAGUGAAGCGAAGGUCACUAUCAAGCCUUGGGACCAUGAUACUUUUUGCCAAGACAUGAAUCGAGGUUUUCAAUACCAUUCAGAUUGGCAGCGUCAGACUUGCUCGCUAACAAAACCUGAUCAGACUUUGAGUCGGGCUGUUAUGCAGAAGUGUCAGAGAGCACGGGAUAAGUUUCGAGACGGCCAAUUCUUCUUCACCCGCGAUAGUCGCUCCCCAGGUAUCUCGAGGUUCAAUUCUAGAGGUAGCACCAAGCUCGGAACAUCUCCUCGCGCAAGACUUCCUUUCAAGUUCGAUAAAUUAGGUGAGCCUAUCAACAAUUUUCUCUCUUCUGAUCCAGUCCUAACAGUUGCAAAUAUCAACACAGGAAUACCAAGGCGCGCCAAGACUAGACCAACGGCACCACCUCAACCACCAAAAGAUCCUAGGUUGAUCUCCAAGCUUCCGGUGAGAAUUUACGAAAGCUUAGAAUUGCUUCCCCAACAGCUUAUCGGAAGGACACCAAGUACACUUAAAAGUGUCAAACAUUAA